CGCCAGGCAAGGCCGAGCCGGGCGGGGAGGGGAGGGGCCGCCGCCGGCGCGGCGGACUCCGUUUCCCAGCGUGCCCGCAGGGGGUGGCAUGGCGGAGAAGGAUGACACCGGAGUUUGACGAAGAAGUGGUGUUUGAGAAUUCCCCACUCUACCAAUAUCUGCAGGAUUUGGGACACACAGAUUUUGAAGUAUGUUCAUCUGUGUCGCAGAAGGCAGAGCAAUGUGCAGCAGUGGAAAGCCAAAGAGAGCGGACUGUGCAUGCUGCCCAGGAAUGGAGAGUUCAGUUUUCAGUGGACAUGCUCCAUCUAUGUGCUAAGCCAGGAGAAAAAACAGGCCUCCAUGCAGACUUCUCUGUCCUGGUCACUGCAGGCUGAGGUGGGCAGCACCUCACAGCAAGGCAUCCUGUCAAAACUAGUUGAGUUCUUUAGAAGUUGGUUUCCUUUUCCACAAUAUAAGAAAAACGAUGACAUACUUCACCGACUGGAUGUUGGAUUUCGAUUUGACACGCUCCGUACCAUCCUGCAACAGGAAGUUCUGCUGCAGGAGGAUGUGGAACUGAUUGAGUUCCUUGACCCCAGUAUCCUGUCUGCAGGGCAGUGUAAGCAACAGGAAAACAGACAGCUUCCAACGCUACGCUCCCUAGCAACUCCUAAUAUUUGGGAUGUCUCGCUGUUGCUUGCCUUUGUAAGUGCACUGCUUAUGCUUCCUUCGUGGUGGAAGGAAUCAUCGUGGCUGCUCUGGGGACUAGUUCUGCUUGUCUAUGCAGUCUUUCGAGUGUGGGGCACAUGGAGGACAGCCAAGCUGCAAAUGUCCCUGCGAAAAUACUGUAUCCAGCUGGAAGAAACAGUGGCAAAUAGCCGAGCUUUUACUAAUCUCGUGAGGAAAGCUCUACGACUCAUUCAAGAGACUGAAGUAAUUUCCAGAGGAUUUACCCUUUUGCUUGACAGGGUCAGUGCCGCUUGCCCAUUUAAUAAAGCUGGACAGCAUCCCAGUCAGCAUCUAAUUGGCCUCCGCAAAGCCGUUUAUCGAUCUGUCAGAGCCAACUUUCGAGCUUCAAGACUGGCUACUCUAUACAUGCUGAAACACUACCCUCUGAACUCGGAGAGCGACAACGUGACCAGCUACAUCUGCGUAGUCCCCUUUAAGGAGCUGGGUCUGGGACUGAGCGAGGAGCAGGUAUCUGAAGAGGAGGCACACAAUCUCACCGACGGCUUCAGCUUGCCUGCCCUCAAGGUCCUCUUUCAGCUCUGGGUAGGGCAGAGUUCAGAAUUCUUCAGGAGGCUGGUGCUGCUCCUCUCCCCAGCCAACGCGUCCCCCAAGCCCUUGGUCUCCCCGGAACGGCUGCCUCAUCAUAUCUUGUCCGAUGUGACUCAAGGCCUACCUCACACACACGCUGCCUGCUUAGAGGAGCUUAAGCGAAGCUAUGAGUUUUAUCGGUACUUUGAAACUCAGCAUCAGUCGGGUUUUGAACGGCCAACCAGAACAAAGCAGAAGUCAAGAGAGCUGAACAGCCUUCAGACGGCGGUACGCAGCUUGCAGCUUCAUCUCAAGGCACUGCUCAAUGAGGUAAUAAUUCUUGAGGAUGAACUUGAAAAACUUGUUAGCACUAAGGAGACACCUGAGAUGACAACAGAAGCCCACCAGGUUCUGGAACAAAAACUGAAGUUUAUUCAGCCUCAUAUCCAGGCAAGCAACAGCUGCUGGGAAGAAGCCAUUUCUCAGGUGGAAAAAAUGAGUGGAAAAAACCCAAAUAAAAAAGGCAAACUUGAAGUUUCCUGUGACAGCCUACAGCGUACUGCAGUACCUUUAACACAGCCUGCUGUAUACAUAGAAAACAAAGAUCCAAUCCCUGAAGAGCAGGAAUUGGAAGCAUAUGUUGAUUAUUCAGAUACGGAGAAUGAAUACAAAAGGGAAGACUUUUACUGCUUUUCCCAGGAAGAGAGAGAGAGACAAGAACGAGAGAGACAGGAAUCUAAGAGGGUGUUACAAGAAUUGAAAUCUGUACUGGGAUUUAAAGCUUCAGAAAUAGAAAGACAGAAAUGGAAACAGCUGCUAUUCAGCGACCAUGCUGCAGUGAAACCCUUGUCUCCUGUAGAACCACUGAAGCUACUAAAUAAUUUGGAAUCACAUAUGAAUUCAGAUACAGAAAAGCAGGACUGCAGCCAAAGUUGUGAUAAAUCGGAAGAAAAAGACUCUAAUCCAAAAGUGAAUGCUGCUGAUAAAAGCAGGACAGAAUAUUUGUAUGAAGAUCCUGAGAUGGAGAAAAACAAAGACAGUACUACUGAUGAAGGUAUUUCUACAGGGGCUGAAGAAAGAAUGUGUUAUCAGCACAAAGGGGAAGUUGAAGAACUCAAGCCAAGCAAUAUGGAUGGAGUAGAGGUUUCACAGUCUCCCUUACGUUCAAAAAUCAAGCAUAGGCUGGCCCAGCUCCGCAUAUCAACAGAUUUAAACUUCACAUCUGGUCUGGCUGCACAAGUUGCUGCCAGGUCUUUCACUUUUACUACAAUGCAAGAAGAGACUUUCGGAGAUGAGGAGGAGGUGGAGGAGGAGGAGGAGGAGGAAGAGAAGGCAGAGGAGCAUGAAGACCUUGUGGAGGACUGUGAGAAUGAAGGUAGAGGCUCUGAAAGCGAAGGAAAAGCAUAAGUCUGAGCUGAACUUUGUUAAACCAAACAGCAGGCAAUUUGAUGGAAAAAACUAAGGUGGGGGUUUGAAAGUGAAAAUACUGGAUGGGAAAAAAGGACACCUAAAUAUAAUAUAUCUUGUUCCCUAAGUUUGAUACACUAAAUAGGACUUCUAAGUAUAUUGAAAAUUUGCAGGUAAGAGAAGUUUAGGCUGCAUCCAAGAAAUAGUUGGCCGUUGCCUUUUUAAGAUCCUAGUGGUGGGUUUUUGGAAUUUACCUUUGUGUUUUCUGUUUUAUUUAUUUAUAUUAUAAUGUAUUGUGGUGGGUUUUUUUCUAAAAAGAAGGAAAAACAAUGUCUUGAAUUACAACAGACUCCAUUUUUUUGCUCUCUGAUUCUGUUACGGUGUCAAUGUUUGUUCCAACAGAAAAGCCAGGACGUUUCUUUUGGAAGAACCUGAACUGUUCCCUGCAAUCUUCCCCCACCACUUUCCUUUCACUUCUUGUCUCUGCAGUGUGUUGGCUAAGCCACCGUAGGCAUUUGUGAUUCCAUGGCUAGUGAUGUGGCUCCCAACUAAAAUGUAGAAUUUUAAAUAAAAAGUUGAAAGAGCUAGUAUUUGAUGUGUCCUGGGGUAUGGGGCUGAAAUAGUAUAAAGUUAGUCAAGCUUCAUAUUAAGGUUUAUUUAGAAUUUUAUGAAGGGUUAAUAAAUGAUUCCUAGAUGUUGCAAUUCAUGUUAGAGAAAUGUGUAGUAUAUGUUAGGGAGGGUUAUAAGCACAUCAGUAGAAAGUGCUAUAGACAGCUAGAAGCGAUCUGUUGGAUUGAUAAUAGAUGGGAAGCAAAUACCUAUUUAUUAAAACAGCUAUUAAUUAUUUGUUAACCUUUUGUAAAUUGAACCUUAAUAUAAUGUUUGAUUUGAUGUAAUGAUUGUACAUUUUUGGUUAUGUCCUAAAGUAAUUUUCUUAAAGCAAAAUUACCUGAGUGCUUAUCAUAACAGCAUACUGUAUUUUGUUUAAACAGCAUACUUGCUUCUCCCUAAUGUUCUUUCGUUUUUCCUUAGAUCACAACUAUAACCUGUGUGAUUAAGAAUCCAUGAGAGAACAAGAAUUGUGUAUUUUCUAAGGUGUAUCUUGUAACUUAGUUGACAGCAGGGUCUGGAUGUGUGGCAGGGGUUAUCCAGGUUGUUUUUUACUCUGUGGUGGUGUUACGAGGAGCAGCAAACUGAUGCUCGACUCACAGAGGAUCUGGUUAAGGUUUCACUGCCUUCUCUUCCUUUUGCCCUCAGACACAAAAUGGAGCAAAGGUCUCAUGCCUCUGAUGGCGAGACACCUCUUUGUAUGGAAUACUCUACUGGGACCUCGAUAAACUUCCAGUCACGAAACACCUCACCAGUUACUUAGGGUAUUUUUUUGUCUCUUGCUGAUUCUGUAGAAUAAAGGGUAUGUUAGAUUCAAGUAGUUUGGAGCAGUAUCUUUUCUAGGAUGCUGUCAUGGGAAGUGGGGAAGAUAAUGAAGGUCAGCAGGUUAGGGCGGAACUCUUGACCAUAAGUGCAGAAAACAAGUGCUUUCUUUCAACCUCCCUCCCUUCUACUACUGAUUUUGUAUGAACGCUGCUAAAUUUGUGGAUUUUUUUCACAGACCAUAAAGAGGUAAAUAUCAAUUGAUAGAGAGGGGAGUAUGUGACUUACUCUGUUCUUUCACAAUACAAUGGCUGUCUUCUCCCUCACAUGCAGAUUUUGGGAAGGGAAUGUUUUGCCAUCAUUCAUUAACCAGUAACACUGUGUUCUGUGCCCUUAAUUUCGUGUAAAUGACUGUAAGCUGAAUGGAUGAUGUCUUGGGGAACUUGUAAAAGGAAAGAAAGAUGCUUUUCAUACUGUAUUCAGAAGCGAAGCCUCCUCUUAGUGGUAGAGUAUAUUCUUCUGUAACUUUUAAUGGUUAGUCUAAGAUGAUGAAACUUUGUUUUACUCUGUGAUAAGCAAUUAUUUUUUUUUAUUUAGAAUAACUGCUUUGGAUAAAUUGUGUUUGAAGCAUUGUCCAUGCCUCUGAAAAAGAAGUCUUCCUCAUCCUUGACUUGAGAUCCUUGAGUUCACGAAGUGCCCAGAUAAUUUUUGUUCCUAGCUAAUUGUUCUGACUUCCUAAAUGUAUGUUCCAUUAAUAUUUUUCCAUGAACUCAUCCACCAGCAUCUCAUGAUCUGAUGUUGUGUAUCCCAGAAAUGAUACUCCUGAACUCUUCCCACGGGAUCCAGAUCAUAAUUUACAAUGUGUAUGGCUAUGAUACCAAUCUGGAAAAAUGAUCAUAUUUAGGAUAUGAAUUAUCACUGUUCUCACAGUUUUGGAUGAAGUCAGUAGUAGCCUGAGUGCUUGGCAUUGCUACUAAAAUAGGUUUCAUAUCUCACAUUUAUAAAAGUUGCUAGCUCUUUAUUCCUUUGCUGCAGUCCUUAGCAAAAGACCUGGAGAAUCUACUUUGGUGGCUCACUUGGGACCUAGUUUUAUAAUACGCUGGUCUUGGUGAUGAAACUGGCCUAAGAAACUCCAUCCAUCGUUCAUUGUUCAUUUUCACCCAUCAGUUGAGUCAACACAGGUUUUUGUGGCCAUGUUAUAAACCAGCUCAUGAGCCCACUUGGGUCAAAAAUCCACCCUUUUUAGGGGUUACUUAUAGUAUCAUAGAAUGGUUUGGAUUAGAAGGGACCUUAAAGAUCAUCUAGUUCCAACCCCCCUGCCAUGGGCAGGGACAUCUCCCACUAGACCAGGCUGCUCAAAGCCCCAUCCAGCCUGGCCUUGAACACUUCCAGGGAUGGGGCAUCCACAACUUCUCUGGGCAACCUGUGCCAGUGUCUCAUCACCCUUGCAGUAAAGAAUUUCUUCCUAAUAUCUAAUCUAAAUCUCCCCUCUUUCAGUUUAAAACCAUUACCCCUCAUCCCAUCGCUCCACUCCCUGAUAAGAGUUCCUCCCCAUCUCUCCUGUAGGCCCCCUUUAAGUGCUGGAAGGCUGCUAUAAGCUCUCCCUGGAGCCUUCUCUUCUCCAGGCUAAAUGCAGUUUACAGCAUUUACCUGCAAACAGCUGUAUCAGCACAUACUGUGUUACUGGCGCGAGACUCAGGAUUGCUCGCGUUUACUUUAUUGGCAAAGGUGGUGUAGUGUGAAAUUACAGUCUUGACAUUAGACAUGGGUAUGAUCAAAGGAUGACUUUUUGGAGCAAGUUCUGAUCCUACUUUGAAUGAACAGAUUUUCUAUAAGCAAUUUAACUGAUUUCCAUGGUCUGUCUUAAUGCAGUCUUAGAAGCUGCCCAUAUGAACACCUGGGCUCACUUGCUUUCUCUGCCUCUCCUCACAUCUAUAUAUAACAGCCAUCAGGUCAUUUAUUUUGAUUCAUUUAAUGUUCUCCCUCCAGAAAAAUACGGCUAGUGGUAUACAGCACACAAAGCAUGGCUUCCCUUGAUUUGAUAACCAGGUUCCAUCUACAUGUAAAUAGUCGCUUAUAAUCCAGAUUUUGUCAUAAUUAUGUCAUUUGAAAGAUAUAUGAUAAGAAGAUUACUUGUCUCUUUUUCUAAGUGUAUGUCUUCAUGACAGAAAUGAAACAGUGGUGUAAUUGAAGCAAAUUUUGAGAAUUACAGAUGGUAGAGAACCUUUCAAAUGUGCCUGUGUCAACUAUAAGCAAGACUUGCAAAUGCGAAGGCUUCUGCUAUCGGUUGCAGUAAUGAGACGGUUUUACUCCUGACAGAGGAUUACUAGACAUCACUGAAUCUUGCACUCGGUUAGCUAAAUACAAGAUGAAAUCUGGUGGCCAGUUUUACUGAGGUUUCAGACUUUGUCCUGAGGACACCUGUCUGCGUGACCUGACUGUUUGUGUACAGGAUUGGAAAUCUUAUGUGUAUCUGAAGUGCAGAAUUUGCAACUGUCUUAUUAAUUUCUUUGCUAGUAAAAAACCAUCUGAAUAGUGGACUGUGUAGAGUUGUUGGCCUACACUGAACUUUGUAAUCUAUCUCUUUUUUUCAUUUUUUGCCUUAUUUUUAACAGAAACAGGGGGUCAAGUAUACUAAACUGCCCUUGUUCUUUAAAGUAUUUAGUGAAGGGCUGCUGUUGCUCUGCAAGUAGCUUGUUCCCAGGGCUAAUUACUCUUUAGAAUUAACAGGUUUUCAUACUGUCUUAUCUGAAAAAGCAGGCAGAGUGUGAGAAAGGCACUCGGUCAGUGUAAAGGGUCAGGCUGCUCUGGCAUCUUGUCUGUGACAGGGACUAACAGCAGAUGCUGAGGGAAGAGAAUGAGAAAAGGGAGGUGUAGUGAUGUUUCCCCAGGCUGCGCCUCAACAAUUUGUGGCUCAAGGGCUGCUUGAGCCAGUGGUGGUGGCUGUCAGCUCAACAGGUCCCAAUGGAAUUCUCUUCCAUAAAUUUGUUCAGUCUCAUGUUUGGUCAAUUAUUACUAGUCCCGAUGCCAGUAUGCACUCAUCUUUAUUAUAGUCUUUUACAAACUAGAGGAUUUCUCAAGAAUGUUUUUUAAUUUUCUUUUUUUAAACUGAGCAAGCCCACUUCUCUCGGCCCUUCCACAGAAGUCAUGUUUUCCACCUUUUGGUUGCUUUCCUCAGAAAUCUGUCCAGUUUUGGAAGUGUAGUGACCAAAGUGUGGUACGGUACUCCAGACGUAACCUCAGCAGUGCUGAGGCUGGAGUAAUAAUCACCUCCCAUAAAACACUGAACCAUUCAAAUAUAUUUGAGUCCAUAUAGGAAGAAAAUCUUUUCAGAUCUUUUACCUCUAGCUAUUAGGAUGACGAAUUAAAAUAUUUGGUCUAGUGGAGGAGAAAUAUUUAUCCACUGUCAGCAGGAUUUGGCUGGAUGAUGUUUUUCUUUGCUAACAAAACAAAAAGUUGUUAUAUCAAAAUGAUCUUCCAACAGCUGCUACCUGGUCUAACACAAACUAAAGCAGCCAAGCAACACUUGUUUAAAUUUCAGCCUGAGUUUUCAGAGCUGUUUGGAUCUCUGAUGAAUAAGCAUUUAUCACAAAAUAUAUUAUCACACAAGAAUAUGGAUAUACGGAUAUCAGAGACCAAACUGAAGGCUUCUGUGGCUAAUUUUUAAAAUGCUUGGAGGUGUGCUUAGUUCAUAUUCCCAUGAUAUUUAAUUCCCUUGUGUAUAUGUUUUUAUUUUACCACCUUGAAUUUUAAAUGCCAAAAAAUACACUUUGAUUUAUUUGACUUGGAAAUUUGUGUAGUAAUCAGAUAAGUGGUAGUAGUUCUGUAACUGUGAUAAUAAGACAUGGUCAUAGGUAAGGGUAAAAUCUACCUACUGUGAACUUUGCUUUGUAGAUGGAUACAGCAAUAUAAUUUGAGCUACAGAUCAGCACGUAACUGUUCUUGAUAUUCUGCCUCACCUUUCACACUGCCAUCUCUUAAGUUAUUGGCAGGUUUGUCAGAAUAAAAUUUGACCCAACAACUUGAAUGCUCUGUUAGCCCAUUUUACACUUUCUGAAUUGAACACAGGAUCCUGAAGAAGUGACUGUAAUUUAGUAGAUGAGGAAAAAGGGUUUGUUCCUCUGUUACAAAGUGGCUUAUUUUAAAAGGGUUGAAUAGGACCAAAACUUGAAUACUUUCACAUGAUCAGCAUAUUUUUGACCUUUAUACCUUCUCAGCUUUAAAUCUUAAAAGGCCUCACGGACAGUUUGCUUUAGGGAAUGCAGUUCUACAGCAGCUUAAACCAAUCCAGGUCCAGGCUGCCGUGGCCCUGCCGUGGCCAUGCAGUCUCAGUCCCUCCUUUAGGCUGGCUUUUGUAACCACGCAGUGAUUUAGGAUGGGAAUCUGGCUGGAAAUGCACCGCUGCUUUAACUUUCAGCUGGCUCCCUCAACUCAUUCAUCGUGUGGUUGAAAGAGCAGUAGUAGCAUCUCAGGGGAGCAGGAGGGAGUACAUGGCCGGGUGAUGAGGAGGAAUGCCAUAGCUCAAGUUUAAAUCAGUUUGAAUUAAUGUUUAUGUGCUGUGAGUUGGCAUCAUUAGUGUCUGUACUGAAGUGAGAUAAACUCGACUCUAUAUGUCGCUUCCUUCAUCUCUGUAUUUUCUGUUGAUUGAGGAUGAUGCCACUCAGUAUUUUCCUCACUCAUUUUGAGACCUCCUUUUUUUUUGUUCUUCAGGCCUAGGCUGCCCAAGACCCGUUGUGUCUGACUCCAUAGAAUCUGUUAGAGCUGUUUAUUAUGCUGCCAGUACAACUGAAAUUAUCAUGCAUGUCUUUUUCCUGCUUACUGUUUUCACCUUUCUGAUCCCUGUGACACCCACGGUCCUCUCCUUUUACCACCACUCUUAAGAGUUUCAGAUUUUAAAAUAAUACAUAAAUUCUUUUUGUCUGUAUUUGUAACACAGCUUGAUUCUUCUGUGUCUCCAGCAUCUGAACGACUUGAUCUCGAAAUGUAUACUGACUGUCCCAGUUGACUUGAGGACUGACACAGAAGGUAGACACCAUAAUAGGGAGUACUACAGUCAAAACAGAAAUAAUAAUGUAUGGCAGCCCCAAUUUAUAGCCCCCUGUUGGUGUAUAUUGGCUUUUAUAAGUAAUUUUGGCUUAGUGAAAAACACCAGUUGUGUUUUAGAAAUAACUGCAAUUCUAGUACAAGGUCCCAAAAUAAGUGUCAUUAGUUGGCUUGAUUUGUACUCAGUCUUAAUAUUUAAAGACUGCUUCCUGUCCUCCAGCUACAUGGAUGAGAAAAUAAUCUCAAAUUGCCAAAUAGAGAGUGACCAAUGCUUUCCAUUACUUUGUGCUAUUAAAAAGAGGUCCAUUGCUAAAUAAACAAAAGGAGAAAAGUCAGCGCUUAAUAUCUUCAGUAGUCAUUACUAACAGAGAAUCAUGCAUUUUAUCUCAAUAGAAGCACCAUAAAUGAGGACUGUUUAUAAUGUUUGAUAUCUGUGUUUCUAAAAUAAUAAUAAAAGGCUUUAAAUGUAUUAUGGGAUAAAAGCCAGAAUUCUAUGAAUUAUCCUCCAGAUCUUUCAUCCAAAGCCACAGCUGGUCACAUUUAAACAAGUUCACGCUGUCUGUUCCUGAACUGCUCAGUAUGACAUUGUACUCCAAGUUUUUAAUGUCCUUGCGUGAGUGUUCAUGAACAGUCUGCAUGCACCUGUGUGCCCGAGCUCUGCAGAGCCUGUAGAGAUCAUGGAACAGUGCUGAGUGAAACCUAUACAGGAGCAGGAUGCCUCAGAAGGAUUUUUGGGUUUAUUGCCUCUGUCUUCCUCUGUUGCAGCACCCACGCUAUAUGCAGUCCCACUCAUAAACGUUUUUCCUUCUCAGCUUUCCUCUUCGUAGACCAUACAAACCAAUGGUGGAGGUUUUUUUUGUUUGUUUGUUUCUCACCUGGGUUACUAUCCUAUAAUGCACCAGGUAAUAUAUUUCCAAUAGAAGCUUAAAUGUUAGUGGCCAUACUGCAAAACACGGGGCCUGGGCACACAGGGGCUGGAGAAGCUCUUCUGGUUUGACCACUUCUGGGAAGGGUUGCACUGAGGUGAUGGACUAUGGUGGUGCCAUGCUAGGCUCAAUGACUCUGCAGGGAUCUUUCAAAGCUCCAGUUUUUGCUAGGUCUGUUCUUUCCUCUGGUGGCAUCUCUCUUUCCUCUUAGUAGUCUUCAGCUCUUCUCCGGCAUUCUUUUGCCAACCCUUUAAGAACUUGGCCUUUUUCCCCUUUGUUUCUGAACCCAUUGUCUAUGUUUUAGGAAACGGCAGGCUAGAGGCAACCCACACUAAGGCACUUCUGCUUGUUCCCAGUCAAAAACUCGUAAACAAGAGGAUUCUUAGGGCUGGUAACUUGCCUGUCCUGACUUUCCUUCCAGGGAGCUUUGACCUCCAUUUCAACCUGGCCCUCCUGUUCCUUCCUGGACUUCAGAGCAUUCGCUUCCAGAGGGCUCCCUCCUUAAUGAUCAUAAGAUGGCAAUGUCUCCCCAGCAAGACUGAUCCUUGAACACACAUUCUUCAUUACGUGAGCUUUACUUGUUCUUUCCAACAGGAGCGUGGCACAGUUAUGGCUGAGUCUGCAUUCCCCUAAAUAACCUUGUGUCUUCCUGCAGCAGGGGCUGAAGACACGCUUUCCAGCUGCUGUGCCACUGUGCUUUGGCUCCACAGCUGCCUAGCCUUGAGCUCUGGAAGCUCUGGGAUCUAGCAGUUGUGCUUAAACCUUGCCCACUUUCAAAGAGCAUGUGUUUUCGGAACACAGUUACUACUAAAUCUCCCCUGCAUUGAGCCGUUUUGAAUUUUUAUUGAGUGGCAUUAAUGGAUUGUUUCUUAACUUAAUUUGAGGGGUUCGUGUGAGUUUUAUAUAUACACACACACACUUCAUAUUGUACAUGUGUGUUGCCAGGUAUCACAUUGAAAAGCUUGUCUAGCAAACAGGUAUUCUUCUCAUAUAUCAAACUUUCCAGUUACUUACUCAGAAGGUAAAGAAAAACUCGAUUCUUGCUAUCUAAUGGCAGUUCUGUUCUACCAAGCGGGCUGUGUGGAGGUAUUUAAAAUGCACGCGGAUUUUACACCCUUUAUUAGAAAAGCUAUUUAACCUUGUUUUCUCUAAUCAAGGCUUUGCACCCGAGCUGCUGUGAGUGCCUGUAUGCCCAUCUGCCCUGUCUUAAACACGUAAACAAAUACAUGUUCCUCAACAUUUCCUGCCUGCUAAGUCUUAUCGUUUCCCAAAACAAGCCCUAAGGGCAGCAUAGAUUGCCAAGGAAACCACAGGGACGGGAAAGCAAAGAACCUGGAUAAGCUGCUGUUUAAUUGGUUAAUAAAUGAGGGCUAAAAUAUAAGAGGAAACGUUUAAAAGAACAAACUGCAGGAAGAGUCUUCUGGCAGGGCUACAGAGGGAAAUCACGUGUGAUACGCUCUGAAAAAAUCCUCUGUUUUAUCUACAUUUUUGUUUCCACAGAAAGACUCAGUCCUGCUGUAUCAAGCUGUAUGUAAAUCAAUCUCUGUAUCUCUUCCUUUAAGCUCUGUACGAUGUCAGUCUCUUUCCUUCGACUGCACCGAAACCCCAUGUGGUUUGGCUCCACUGGGAGCCUCUUCUGCACCUUCCCUGCCAGUUGCUGACACUGCUUUAAGCACAGUUGAUGAGAUCGACCUCAAGCAGGUUUAGAUCAGCAAGUCUUUAAAUCAGGUGUGAAGCCAGGUGACUGCUCAUUUUAAGGCUCCAAGAUCUAAAGUUCUAGGUUGGAUGUAGGCAGUAGCAGGAAGACAUUCCUCGGUUCUGCCCUUUCCUUGUGAUAGGAUUUCUUGCAUGUGGUAUUUUCCCAAACACUUUUAUUUCUCUUUUUCUUACUUUACUGCUUUACCUCAUUCCUUUUUCCCAUGGAUAUGAAUCAGGACCGAAAGUCUUUUUUACAUGUUUGAUGAUGUGCAUCACCAGGAUCAUUUUUAAGCCAUUUUUUAAAAAUUUUGGCUGGGUUUCCCCAGCUUCAGAAGUAGUUUUCUCAAUUGUGAUGGUAAUCCCUUUCAAAGCCUUCUUGGUUGCUAUUGUUUCUUCAGCACCUGUUGUAAAAUUCUGCCUCACUACUGCAUGUGUCUCUUUUUGUCCUUAUCCUGUAUCCCUAAGAGCUGCUUAGGUGGCGUGGAUGUGGCUUAUCCAUCCUUCAAUUAGUAAUGAUUGAAUGGAAUAGGGAAUGCAUUUAUAGGGAUGCAUAAAUGCUGUAUCAGCAGUUUGUUUGAUCUUUUAUAUGGAAGUUUAUUUAUAAUUCCUCUUUCAUCCUGAAAAUGAAAUUAAUUUUAAGCAAUCCUGGCAAUAGUUUGUUUCUGCAGUGUAUUUUGCUGGCUCCUUAGUACGAGCACUUUAGUAAUGAACACUAGUUACUCUUGUAUAAAUAAGUGAUGACUGAAGCAAGAAUGUUUUUCUGUGUCUUGUGCUUCCAGUUGCGCCUUCCUAUUACCUUUCAGAGAACUGUAUGCUGUGCAACCAUGUGGCAACUAUUACGAGAAUCCCUUUUAUCAUCACAUAAAUGGCUAGGUACGUUGGGCUUUAGGAAGAGAAUAAUGUGACCAGUUGAGGAGACUGGUCGCAGGUAGAUCUUUAACCCAGAAACUGGGCUUAGGUGCUCCACAGGAGAUGUCUUCUACUUGUCUAGCUGUAUGACUGCUGAGAAACAGACUUUCUCUGUACACUUCGAAAGUGCCAAAAUAGUGGCAACAGUACAGACUGGCUCCUUUUAUCUGAAGCUUUGUGGCUCCCUCAUAAUGCUUAGACUUUAUUAUCAGAGCAAAGGCUGUGCUCUGCUGAUGUUAGGAGCUGUGGCUGACGCGUACCUCUUUCCCUGUAUUGGUUUUAAGGUUAACAGCUGUUGACCGCUCUUCUUGCUUAGGUAUGACUCACUCUCACCUAAUUCAUAUCCCCAGGAAGGAAAGCUUGGAGAUGACUAGGGAAGAAGGGAAAUAAUUUGAUUUUGAAGGGCAAGGGGAAGCUUGGCGAGGCAGGAGUAUUUAUUCUUAUGCAUUGAAUCUUGCUGCCUAAUCAGUGCAUAAUUUGCUGUGCAGUACAUAAGGUCUUGCUUAUUCUUUGCUGUUUCCAGGUUUGUUUGUUUGUUUUCAUAUGGAAUACUGAACUGAUCCAAUUGCUGCUCUUAGAAGGAGAAACCUGUCUACCAAGAGGGGUCUGUAAUGUUUUCCUUCACUCGGAGAUUUUUUGAAUGCUAAAUUGCCUGUGUGUAUUCUUCAUAAUGUACCAUAUGCAAAUAUUCUUCAGGAAUUGAUACUACCACUUCAGACAGUCAGUAUUUUCUAUGUAAGAACUGUACGUUUCCUAUACUGCCAAGAAUGUAUAUAUAUCUACGAAGACUUAAGAUUGUAUCUUUUUGAGCAAGCCUCUUUCUUCAACCAUCUGAAACUUUCUUCCUGUUUCUCAAGUUCUCUGCUGAUUUAUUAGACACUUGUGUUACUUAUUGUGUACUUUUUGUAUCAGCUGUAUUGCUGUAUUUCUCCUUUCUCUCAUUAAAACCUGUUCUUCUCAUCCUUCUA